AUGGAAUCGGCCCCGGUGUUAUCCACUCCGGAUACUCAGAUUUUUGAUUAUGAUGUCCAGCCGACGGUGGAACGAACUUCACGGCUUUCUGAAGAGCAACUUCGAAUUACCUAUGAUAUCCAACGAACCGUGGCGGAGAUCAGGAGGCGAAGAUGGCAUCGAGUUGCGCUUCAAUUCCCUGAUGCCAUGCUGAAGGAUGCUCCACGAGUAAUUGAUGCUUUGCAAAAAGACCUCUCGCGUCCUCAGCCGGAGACUCUGGAGGAGGUCGAACAGGGAGAGGAUCCACUGGCAUCUCAAGUGGCCAGUCUUUCGAUCGCCGACCCAACCGGUACUGAAGUGAAGCUCUUUAUUCUUGGAGACACGUCUUAUGGCUCAUGCUGCGUCGAUGAAGUUGCAGCAGAGCACUUGGACGCUGAUUCGGUCGUUCAUUAUGGACGAGGAUGUCUAUCCCCCACUGCCCGACUUCCAGUUCUCCAUAUUUUCACCGUUCAACCUCUUAUACUCGAGUCUGUUAUAUCAACGUUCAAGAUGAUUUACCCUGACGCACAGGAAAAGGUCGUUCUGAUGGCUGAUAUGCCGCUCAUGACACACCUGGACAAGAUAUACGCCGAGUUACUCGGGCAAGGCUACAAGAACGUGCAGAUGACUUCAGUCGUCCACGAUCCAUCUGCCUUGCUUCCCAACCGGGCACUCCCCACAGCUAUCGAUUCAGCCGAAGCGCUUCAAGAUUAUAGCUUGUUUCAUAUCGGGGACCCACCUACAGCGCUGCUUCUAACCGUUUCGGCCCGGGCAAAGAACCUCAAUAUCUAUUCAAUCGAUGCCGAUGGUUCCACGCUGCCAAGUGUAGCGCAAGGAAACGCAUCAGCGACUCUUCGACGUCGGUAUGGACUAGUCACGUCGUUGAGUACCGUAUCAGUAUUCGGCAUUCUCAUCAACACUUUGUCCGUCCGCAAUUAUAUGGAUAUUCUCGAGUACGUCAAGAAGCAAAUCGCUGCUGCAGGAAAGAAAAGUUACACUUUCGUUGUUGGCAAGAUCAAUGCUGCUAAAGUGGCAAACUUCAGUGAGAUCGGCGGCUGGGUGGUCAUUGGAUGCUGGGAGAGCAGUCUGAUUGAAAACCAGGAGUUCUGGAGACCUAUCAUCACGCCGUUUGAACUAGAUAUUGUGCUGAAGAGCGAUGAAGAACGGGUCUGGACUGGCCAGUGGUCCAGUGACUAUCAGACUUUGCUUAACAAGGCCCUUGAUAGCGAGCAAAAGUCCGAGCACCUCAACGGGACGGAAACCGCAUCCAAAUCGGCGCAGAACGGCUUCCAAGAAGACAUAUCUGACGAUGAGUCGGCACCUCCAGAAUUUGAUUUGCGGAGCGGCAGAUACGUGUCUCAUUCGCGGCCAAUGGCACCAUCGAAUGCAUCGACCCGCGCAGACAGGUCGCAAAACGCGCACCCUAAUAAAUCCAAGUCAACGUCGCUGGUCAAGCGAGCCAAUGGCGAUAUCGCUCAGAUUGGAGGAAUCGUGUCACCUGGAGCAGAAUUUCUUCGUGGGAGAGAGUGGCAAGGCCUGGGUAGUGACUUUAAUACUGAGCAGGAUGGGUUGCCGCUCAGUAGCGAGCUGCAAGGUGGAGAGAUGGAAGAGGGGAGAGGCGGUGUUGCACGUGGCUACUCUGAUGUCGUGACCACAUACCCUCCGAUUCUCGAAUCUCUCUUCGCGAACCUCCCGACGACCUCUAUUAUCGCCCUCUCCAAUACUUCGUCCUACCUCCGAGACUUUCUAAGGAAAUAUCCGCUAGCAUGGAGGUCCCUAUCGUUUCGUUUGCCGCAUCCUCUGGUCUCGGGAUCGGACAAUACGGACAAUACCCAGCGGCAGGCCAGGCAGUGUGCGUUCGAUGGUCUACUGACCAGAGUACUUGCGCCAGUCUCUACACGGCUCACGAGUCUCGACCUUUGCAAUACCGCCGUUUCUGGGGUCACAUUAGUUGCGAGGGUAUUGGAGCCUAGGCUCGAUACUUUGGAGCAUCUCUCCGUCCGAGGGUGCAAGAACGUUUCGAUCAAAUACCACAUCCUUCCUUUCCUCCAAAGCUAUAGCCCGAAGCACUCCCCGUGGGCACGACCGGGCGAAUUGAAACUCAAGAGUCUGUACACCUACCGCUGCCGACACCACCGCCGCCGCCCUUAUCUUCCAUCUUCUCUCAUUCGAAAAGACUCUGAUUCCGAACCGACCCACGAGCUGAUUGAGCUAUGUCACGAUCUGAACAUCUGGACGGAUUCCGCAUGGUGCACCACCCCAGGCCAACGAUGUUUCCGCCGAAAGAACUACUACACAUCUCAUGCCACCCCAGGCACCCAGGAGAUUUGGGUACCGUUCGAUCGCCUCUGGAGAUCGCAAAAUCGGAUCGGGCCCAGUGCGGAAAGCAAGCCCGGUAAGACUGAUAACUGGCGGUUGUGGGAAGAUAAAGAAAUCGGGUAUAAUGGGGAGCCGUUGGGAACCGUGGACGAGCCGCAUAAGGGCGAGAGUAAGCUAACUCCCUCGCAUCUUCGAACGAGCCAUAAGAUCUUUGUCGACAAUGUCCGAUGUGAUAAAUGCGGGGAUCAGAUCAACGAGCGGUGCGAACAAUGUAGUGUCCAGAUGCACUGCAUGGGAUGUCGAAGAACCCUUUGCGGGAGUUGCGCGUUCAAUCGACCGUUACCCCGGAAGCGCAAGAGAUCAAGACCUACCCUUCCGCACCUCGAUUCUUUCGGCAUGCCGUUCUUGCAGAGCAACAAGUACUGGUGGGCUCCUGAAACAGUGCGAUCACCAAAUCAUAUCAACGAAAAUGCGCCAUUGGACGACUCGGAUUCGGAUGACGAUGAUACCCAGUCAACGGGCGGUCUCUUUAACAGUCCUGUGAAACUGAGUAUGCAUUGGUGCUGUCUCGAACCGAUUUUCUCGGGCGGAGGUGGCAUCGUCUUUCUCGGGCCAGCCCUGGGUGGAGAUGGUGCGGAAAAGAUUAGGUCCGUCCCACUUCCAAAUGAAAGCCAAUACAAGGAUCCCGAUUUCUCUCCGAAGAAGCGAUGGUUCGCAAAGGAAGCUCUGCAAGACCAUGUUCUCUGGCGACCAGGUCUUGACGACGAAGUCGACAUUCUGCCUUUCUUGAAACAAGACAAACUCGAUCUACAGGCGACGACCAGUCCUCGAAGUUUAUGUCAGGAUUGCUUCGACUCAAAGCAAUGGCAGGUUAAGUGCAGAGCGUGUAUGAAACCCCUUUGCAAAGAACACGAUUUCCGCGUUCUCAAGAUCCGCAAGUGCGGUUUCCGAGACCUUCACACCGAACGAGAGUUUGUCCGCAACUACAGAAAACCGACCGUCCUUGAAAUCCCCCCGUACCAUACCAUAUCCCGACUCCGAGCCCGUGACAGUUCCCCCUCCUCAAAUAUGGGAAGCAUGGACGGCUCCGAAAUGGACACGGAUGUAGCCACCGACUCACGAGCACCGACGCUCAUGUCUUCGAGCCAAUUCGACGAGCCGAUCACAGCGUCACGGGAAACUAUCGAAGCACCGAAAGCUGGCAGCUCGGCGCUCAUCCCCAGGGGACGAAUGACCCCUUUACGGCCUCGAUCCAUGAGCCUGAGCGGCUUCGGUGGGGAAUCGCCAUAUCGGUCACGGCAGACGCAAUAUACAGGGUUGAACGAAGAUAACCCGCUCCCAUGUAGUCCUCGACACCCUGUACAGUGGGAAGGGUGCGGGUCGUACUUCUGCCAGCAGCAGCGGCCGAUGGGGGAUACAAGGGCAAGAUGCAUGGCUAUGGUGCGUGAAUGCACGGAAUGCAAAGUUCACGUUUGUCAGGAUUGCUCUAUGAAUAUACCCCGCUGCAGCUGCCAGUUCUGCAUGAUGAACUACUAUUGUCCCAACUGCACGCAGAAACCGGGCGUGCGGGCGCGAUGCCGCAAAGAGGCCGAGGAGGAGGAGAGGUGCUUGCUGGAAGCCCAAGCGCGAGCUAGAAAGACUAAUGAAGCGGAGGAGCGGAAGAAAGCCGAUGAGCUAGUCGAGGCGGUGGCUUGGCUGUUCACUUCGUUGGAGGAUAGCCAAGCACAGGGCGAAGAGCCCGGCCCAGCCCAGGAUGCCGGCUUGAACGGGCUAGAGGAUGGCGUGGUGGAGGUACUUGAUGAGAUGCAGGCCACGUACGGGGGUGCCCCGCAAUGA